AUGUCUGUGAACAAUUCAGUCGUCGAGUGGAUAAAUGUUGAAAAUAUGCAGUUAGCAGUAGCUCUCUACAACAACGAUGUUGACGAUGAAGACGAACUGGAAUUUCGCAAGGGUGACAUCUUAACUGUACUCAUAGAAAAUCCCAAUGGUUUCGAUGGCUGGUGGUUGUGUAAACAUAAGAACAAAUGCGGUUUAUGUCCUGAAAACCGUUUGAAAUUAAUUCAAAAUCCAACGACAUGUUCAGCCACUGAAUCGAAUGACUUCGUACAAUACUGUUCUCGUCUAUCCACUCUUUCUAUGUAUGAUAGUUUAUAUAAUCAACAGACAAUCGACUCGUUGAAUCACGAUUAUGAUAAUCAACAAAAAUCAGAUUUUAUUUCGGAUGGAAAAUCAUUGGAUUCUUCACCGGAAACGUCAUCACGAUCAUCCGGUAUUUAUUCGACAAAUGAACUUCAAUUUUCUUCUUCUUCAUCAAUCGAUUUCUAUUCAUCUACAGCCAAUAAUGAUACAUUAUCUCUUUUCGAAUUGAAACAAUUGCAAAAUUCUUUCAAACAGCUUUCCAUUUGUUCAUCAUUGACCGACAAAUAUCUUCAAUUGAUAUCUCAUACUAACACUGAAUCUCUGAUAAAAUCCUUCGUUACUGAAUGUUAUCUAUUUCUUCAAAACUACGGUUGUCUUUUGGAUCGUCAUACAUAUCGUUUAAUCAAAGAAACCUUUCUCUAUGAAACUGAACAUAACGACAAACGUGUCAUUCAAUCAUCAACAAAAAUUAUUCAAUUAAUUAAAUUAACUAUUGAUUUACAAUUGAAAGAACGAAAUCAACUUUCAUCGACGAUAUCCAACGAUGUAUUCAAAAAGCUUCAUCUCGAACCUAACGAAGAUAUUUCGACAGCACAUAUCUAUCGAAAGCGCCGAUCAUCCGCAAUUAAAAGUUCUCCACGGUUAAGUUCAGAUUUUCUCACACCGGCAUCGUCCUACAAAAGUAUUCAUCAAGAUGAACCACCUCCUGCGUCGAAUCCAUUGAUGAAAUGUUAUUACCGACAUAUAAAUGAACAGAUUGAUUCGGUUCUCAAACGGUAUUCACGUCUAUCAGAGUGUGAACAAAACAGCACAUCAUUAGUUGCCAGUGAAGGUAAAGCGCUUGUCGUGGCAGGUCAUAAACUUGUAUUUGUACUCGAAACACUUCAUGAACAUCUCCAACAAAUACAAACACCAUUAAUUUCUUUAACAACACAAUUACGUCAAUCGUUAACGACUACCAUUCAAUUACUUAAACAACUUAGUCAACAGAACUGUACAAACCUGAGCGAGCCUCUUCUUUUUCGAUUUCAACAAGGCAUUCAAAUGAUUAUAGAUAUAGUCAAACGAAUAAAACAUAAUUGUAGAUUAUCUUAA